CAGCAGCAGCCGAGGAGGAGCUAAGCUAGCUGCUCACAACACAACCUGCCAAACACACUCAGCGGCUAACCUUAGCUUUCAGUCCCGACCCACACAGAUCCCCAGCUUGGCUUUGUGUCGUUUGUUCUGCUUGAGUAAAAUGGUCGUUUUGACAAACAAUGAAGAACAGGAUUAUAUCCUGAUAGAGGAGCGUAAAUGCUCCUCCCUGCCCAACUCUCCAGCCAAGGGAGUGUCUCCCUCCAAAAAGAAGCAGUUCUUCAUCAACCAAGCCAUCCGCAAAUCUGACCUCAUUCCCCGAGCCAAAGGCAAGAAGAGCCUCCGCCGACAGGAGAACACACGCUUUCUUGCUAAUCUUCUUGAGAGGGAUGAGUGCUCCAAAGAUGAUCUGGAAGUGUGCAGUAACCCAGCGAUCCCGUCCAUCUUCACUGAGGCCUGCACCAACGGAAACUACAUAGAGCCAUGGAACGACUUCAUGAAUUGCUCCGGCGAGGAGCAGGAGAGGCUGCUGUCUCUGCUGGAGCAGGAGGAGGCCAAGAAGAAAAUCACCGCCAGGCCCCUCAAAGACGAGAGAAACUUUUAUCCUGCCUUCACUGCUCAGGACUGCUUCCAGAGAAUCGAUCGCAGGCUGCGAGCGACUCUUAGACGGAAGCAAAUCCCCAUGGGAACUCUGGAAGUACUUGAGGAAAACCUUCUGAGCUUCUUCAUCGCUCAACCUCACUCAGUUUACACAACCAACCUCGCCAGCAGCUUUGAGAGACUGCUGCUCCAUGCUGUCUGCCAGUAUAUGGACCUCGUCUCUGCAAGCUCCGACUACAACAGGUCACGUCAGACCGAAGUGGUGAACAAACAAGAAGCGUUUUUACCUCCUAGUCUUCUGCUGUCUGCCUACUUGGAGCAGAUGAGCUGAGAUCAGGUCCACGCCAUGUUUCUCCGUUGUCUCAGCACAGCUCUGCUGCAGGCAGGACCUCUGGGAAAUGUAGAUACGUCUGUAUGUCUUGUCUAGGUAAUGUCGGCCAAGCUCAGAAAAUACAAGGAAAAAUGCCUUUUUCUCUGGUUGGUCCCUGGUUUCUGUUGGAAGUUUCCAUUCAUUUUAUCCAUAAACAGGUCAUAGUUCAUUGACCCACCUGUAUGUAAACAAAGCCAUAUAGACUAAAUGUUACAUGGUAAACAUUAGCAUGUAAGCAUUCUGGCUGUAGGCAUGUUAGUAUGCUGCAGUUAGCUUCAUGCUCAAAGCACAUUUUAACACGUGUACAUAAGGCUAACAAAGUACGCCUUGCCUAGAAUAACCCUUCUGGUUUAGGUAACAUGAGCUCUCUUCCUCCAUUCUCAGGCCACAUUUUACAUUUUCCGCCCCACUGGUAAAGAUCUGUUAGCAGAGAAGUCAAAGCUGUGUAUAAUGUGUUAAAUACAGCAUCAUGGAGCUGUGUGGCUCUAAUACUGUGUCCUUACUGCAUUUGGAUUGAAGAGAAUUCCCUUUAACAGGUUUUAAGUUAACUUGUUAACAUAUUAACAUUAUGGGGAAUGUAUUUAUAUCACAACCUCAUUUGUGGAAUUCACUAUAGCGAAUACAUCAUACAAGCAAAUACCAUUUCAUGCAAAAAACAAUUGUCAUUGUUAAAGCAUUAUGUCCAGAUUAAUUUAUGAGCUUUAAGUGAAGGCAGAGAGGUUUAAACAGGUUAAUUAACAGUUUAUCCACGCUGUGCCUUUUUAUGGUGCAUAUGAUAGAACUUCACAUAUCAUUAAAUUUAGACAGCAUUAAAUAUGACUUUUUAGUAUUGUUUAAGAAAUCUUCUCACACCUGCAUCCCACAGGUAUCACUAUCAGGUGAUGAUGAUAAUGUCACUGACUGAUGUCAUCAUAUCACUAAUGGUUAGUUUUAUUCCUGCAGAAUUCACAUCUGUUCUUGAACAUUUAUUCAUAAUGACCCAAGGUAAUGGAAACAUUCCCAGCGCUGUUGUUUGGUGAAAACUAAAUAGGAAAGUCAUAUUUAAUAUUUAUUUCAAUAAAGCACAAAGUCACAACAGUGAAUAAAGACAAUAUUAUCCCCAAAAAUAAUGGAACAUUUUAAUUUAAACCAGUUUUAAUUUCUGUGUUGCUAAAGAUCAAUGAUAUUUUGCAAAGGUGCUAGAACAGAAUGCAUCAGGAAAUGCAUCGCUGCCUGAAGGAUUAGCCUGUAGGAUUUGUGUAAGUGGUGAGGUGUGAAGCAUGAAUAUUAAUAAUCUCUUUACAUUAUAUGCACAGACACAUCUCAUCAUCGUAGGUAAAGAAGUAAAUGUCUGUUGUCAAGGGUUUGAAAUAAGAGCUUCUGCUAUGCUGGGGAAGUAAUACCUGUAAUAUGUCUGGGAAGAAAACUCUCUUAAGGUACAUUUCUUGGGGUUUUCUCUCUUUGCAACGUUCUCUGCUGGCUUUGUCCAGUCCCAUCACCUCUUCUACCCCUUCAUCAUCUGAAAGAUACACUUACAUUUUACCCAUCGAGACUUUCUGUAUACAUCCAGGAACCACUGAGUUGUUUUGUUGCCUAGUUACAAGCUCAAGUACAUGAUUGUGAGGCUGAGCAGAGCCAGUUUAAGCACAGGUUGCUGAUGUGCUGCUUUCACUGCACACUUGUGUCGCCGAGGUGUAAAUGUUACUUCAGUAAUGGUCAAUAUUACAAGAUAAGGAACUACUCUGUAGUUAAAAACUGCUAUUAGAUGUAUUCAUGUAUUUCUUACUACAUGCAAAGCACUCACUAAGUUUACACACAACACACAACUUCAUCAUUGAAAGCCUCUUUUUUACAUAAUGUAUGGUUUAAAGGGAUACUGUAUGUGCAGUAGAUGUGUUACAUUGGUAGAAAAAUCACCACAUUUAAGGUGUUAUGAUGGUAAAAACCUGCUAAGUUUUGACUUUUGGGAAUGUUUCAUCUCAAUAUUAACAUUUACAACCCUGGAACAGCACUUCUGCCUUAUGAACACAAGUUUGUAUGUUUUUCUCCUGUACAUAUAUUUCUACAUUUCUACUUGACUGGAUUUGGGAAACCAAAAAAAAGAAAAAAAACGUAUUCCAGCUUUUUUUGUUUUUAUACUGUCAUUGGCAGUGUAACAAAACUUGACCUGUUGGUGCAUUUUGUCAACAACCAAAGUUUGUGUGUUAGUUUGUGUGGAAAUCCAAUUUCUCAGGCUCUCAACUUCUCACUCUGAAUGUCACGUCGUUUAUCAAACAUGGUGUAAUUUUCUGUGUACUGUAUACUUUCUUCAAGAUGAGCUUUUUAAAUACAUGUACAUGUAAUUGUGCUUUAAAAAAAAAAAGAACUCAGAUGAUUGACCUGUGCCAACAUUUGGAUUUAAAAGCGUAAAAUAUUCUGAAAGCUUUACUAGACUAAAAUAUCUUAUGUGUGUGCCACAGUACUUAUUUAUAAUUAUCACUGCAUCUAUU